AUGCCAGGACUUCAGCCGGAAUCUACAGCCCCAAAGCCCACACUCAGGAACUUCCACUGCAGAAGGGUCCUGCCACGUGUUUCCCUAAGUUUCCAAAGCCCCCUGGAGUCAGAAGAUAUCUCACUUAAAAGUCUGCAGUCACCACUCACCUAUUCCAUCACUGUCAGAAAGGAGUCACCUUCUGCUACUGCUAGUUGGUCGCAGAAAUGUGCUGGCAGAAGAGGGCUGAGCAUGCAAGCUACAAAUGAGCAAGCAAAAACUAAGAGCAAAGUCCACAAAAAGUUUCAGCAACUUGUGCUCAGCAAAGGCCAGAUUCCCAGAAGAAAACUAGUGCGGACUCUGGGGAAAGCGGCCUACAUCCCCAGUGUACACCCCACUGGGCCGGGGUCUGUGCAAAUGAAGAUGAGCUCCCUGCUGUCAGAGUUCAUGAGAGAGCUCCCCAGCUGGUUCCUGCUCUCUGGAGUCUUCCUGCCUGUGACUUUGCUGCUGCUCCUUCUCAUUGCCUACUUCAGGAUCAAACUGAUUGAGGUUAAUGAAGAACUGUCCCAGACUCCCCAUCACCAAUACAACAAUUGCCAACAACGACUUCAUGGUGGUCAGGCUGGCUCUCCCAUGUACCGGAGAACGAAACAAACAUGA